UCGUCUCAGCGCAGUCAUUAACAAUUUAACAUCCCUAGCCGCUGCAUUAUUACUGUUUUGUGUUUUAAUUGUCCAAUUUUUAUUUAUUUUUUUGCUAACAAACAGCCGGAUUGUCAAAAAUCUCAAAAGUAGUUCACCCCUCCAAAUUCUCUCCAUUGCUCUCUCCUCGGCAAUUUUACAGGGGCGCUAAAAAUGGCGUUAUUGCUAGACCCAAAUUCAGAACCCCAAACUGAAAACGAAAAGGCUGAUUUGGCCGCCAUUGCUUCCCUCAAAGAGUCCACUUCCCUUGAACUUAAGGAAGAGGGCAAUGAGUAUGUUAAGAAGGGGAAGAAGCAUUACAAAGAUGCUUUAAAUUGUUACACUAGAGCUAUAAAUCAAAAGGGUUUAGGUGAAUCGGAUACUUCGGUUUUGUUUGCGAAUAGAGCCCAUGUAAAUCUUUUAUUAGGGAAUAACAGACGCGCCCUUGAGGAUGCUGAGGAGGCCAUUAAGCUUUCUCCGGCGAAUGUUAAGGCAAUUUAUCGUGCUGCUAAAGCAUCAUUUGCUCUAGAUUUGUUGAGGGAGACUAUUAAUUAUUGUGAACGGGGACUUGAACUUUCCCCUGAUAAUGAAAACCUUAAAAAGCUGGUGAAGCUAGCUAGUGGGAAAUUGGCAGAUCGUGAGAAGCAUGAGGCUGAAGUUUCCAAUGCGUUGCGAGGCGCUAAGGACCUUUUUUCUGCAUUUGAGGAUAGAGGAUUGAAAAUCGGCAAAGAAAUGUUCCGGGAACUCAUAGGGCAGAAGAAACCAGUUCUAGACAAGAGCAAGAUUCUUCAUUGGCCAGUGCUUCUGCUCUAUCCAGAAGUUAUGUCCAGUGACAUAAUUGAGGACUUCUCUGAGACAGACAUGUUUUCAUGCCACCUAGAUAUAAUGUUUUCAGAAGGUUGUCCGCCGUUGCCAUGGGAUAAGGAAAAUGUCUACACCCGUGAAAGCAUUGAAUUAUACUUUGAGGUUGGCUCAUCAGUGUGCUUGUCGAAGACACAGAUUUUGCAUUAUCUUUUGGAAGGCACUGCAGGAGCUGGUGCAGUGAGUAUUGACGAAGAAAAAGAUUUUUCAACUCAUGGGAACCCUGCAGGUAGAGAUCCUACCAGAUGGGUAAAAGUCGAUGAAAAAAAGACACUUCAUAAUGUUCUGAAGGAGCCAAAUCUUGUUAUUCCUGGCAUACCAGUUUUUUACAUUGUGUCAAAAAGAUCCACCUUCUACAACACAUUUAAAACUGGAAAAUGGGCGCUCCCUCAGUUGGAUACCGCCUGAAUUAGGCAUACUACUUCCGGUAAUUGUGCUUGAACUCUGAUGAGACAGAAUAUGCGCUUCUUUUAGAUAAUGGUUGCACAUCUCAACAAGUGCUGAAUGAAGAUGAGAGGUCAAGCCAUCAGCCAUGUACCUGUGCAAGUAGAAUUUGUUUCUUAAUGGCCCAGAAAUCUAAUUGAUGGAAGAAAAUGCUCGUUUUGUUGGGAUUGAAGUUGAGGAUUCACCUGGUGGAAGGACAUAUCUAGCCCUUUUUUCUUUCAUUUGGUGACUGCAUCAAUGUUUGUUUGAAGUCAAAUUUUGUGAAAGUUGUUACCCCUUCCAUGAAGGUUAGAUUUUGUAUUUUAAAUGGGAGUAGUUUAUUACAACAUUUGUUUUUACAAGGUAAUUUAUGACAAUUUUUUCUACGUUUGAAUCAAUAGAAAAGAUCCAGUUUCCAUA